AUGUACGAGCUCAAUUCGGCAGCGGUCGCAAGUGCAGACGAGCUGUGGGCUGAACUCGACAAGAUUCAUUAUGGUUAUGUUGCUGAUGUGGAUCAGUACAAAUCGGAGAUGUCUACUGCUCUUAAUAAUUUGUUGAAAGGGAUAACUCAACUCGCUAGGAAACAAUCAGACGCACAGCUGAGGAAUACCAUUAUACUGAAUAAGCAUGGGAAUAAGGAGUUGAAUGAUAUGGUCAACACUAUAAACAGCAACCAGGUUAAAGUAGAGGCUGAAGUGAAGCAGGCUGAUUCUGAGAAGACACGGAUGGAGAAAGUCACUUCGGAAGGCUUGGAUGAUGCUGAAGACGCUUUGUCGGGCUUGUCGGAUGAGGUUGCAGAGCUACCAGAAGCUCAGAACGAGGCGAGAGAGAAGGUUCGGAAACAGCUGAGUGAGAAGAUUGAGGACAGCGCUAUGAAGGCAGAAGAUGAGCAGCAUAAAUUGGUAGAGGGUUAUAAAGCUGAUGGGGAUAAGAAACUCGAUAACUUCGUUCAAGACGGCGCUGCAUCGAUUGAUAACCAGUUGAAGGCAUGGGAUGGUGAGGAGAAGAAGAGACGAGCCGUGAUAGACUCGCAGAUCUCACAGGAGAGUGCGAAGGUUGAGGAGCAACAGAAAGCGUUUAAGAAGGAGUUCGAUUCUGCAGAUGAGAAGUCUCAACGGACCGCUGAGAACUUCGCUCGUGAAACGGAGAAGGAGUGGGGAGAUCAAGAAAAGGUAUCGACUGACAUGGUUACCUCUAUGAAGGCGUUGAGAGGUAUGCUGAAUGAAUACUCGGCCAAUACUGAUAAGCAAGCUCAUGAGCUCACAGAAGAGACUCGGCAGAAGCAGGCGGCUAUUAAGAAGGAGAUAUCAGAGGCGAUAAGUGGCGCGGGUUCGAGCCUCGCGGAUGUCCUUUUAUCUAUGGACCGCUCUCUUUCUUCGGCGGAUAAGGACAUGUUCGCGAGCUCGAGUGCGGCGAAGGAUAAAGUGAUGGCGAUGGUUCGUGAUGCAUUCCGAGAAGGAGGGCAGAAGGGAGCUAACAUGGCAGCGGUAUUGAAUGACCUUAUGCAUGGCAUAGAAAAGGGAGAGAAGGCGCUCUCAGCUGAUGUGAAGGCUAAGAAUGAAGAAGUUGGGUGA